AUGUUCAACAGUCAACCACAAUUCACUAUAAAAGCUGAGAAAAACAAAGCAUUUGACGAAUCCUGUCAUAUUGGAACGUUUAACAUUGAAAGUGGAAACAUAGCUGAUUGUCUCGAGAACUGUUUGGGGAACUGUCGGUGUCAGUCGUUUCAAAUUUGUAAGAAGACAAAAUGUCAACUGUGUUCAAGUCACAAGGAAAAGAACAGUUCAUUGCUUCAUGACAAAGAUGACUGCAUCUAUGCUAUCUACGAGGUGCGACAUUUGACAGGUCAUCUGCAGGUGUGUAAAUACGUUGAUUACAAUAAAUUGUUUUAAUGCUAAAAAUUACCAUUUUUUACAAGUAGUCAAUCAUAUUACUUUAUUAUAAUAUAUUAGUAUAUAGUGUUGAAGUGAACUCACAUCCUUUUGUAAGGAUUAUUUAUAAAAGCUAUAAAGGGUAUUUUCUUUCUCGUUUUAGUUUUAUUUAACCGUGAUUAAAUGUUUGAAUGCAUGAUUUAGUGCCAUAAUAUGUCACGGUGUCUGGGAAUUAAGCGAGAAUUUAUUCGAGGCCGGUAUAGAACAAAGACUGGAGGACUAGUGAGAAAUGCAAAUGUGAAGAAGAGCGCUGCAUGCUUCGGAUCUAACAAUUUUACUGCAUGCAUGUAUUUCCUUGAUUGUCGCUAGAAAUAUCUAUUGGUUUAAAAAAGACUUUCGAUGUUGAUCUUUCAGUGGCGUAAUUAAUUUCGAAAACGUAAAAACAGGCGAACGAGUUAAGAAUUAAGGCAUUAAGUACUCAAGAUGCAGAAAAUAAGUUGAAAACCUUUUUAAUUUUCGUGAGAUGGUUUGAUUUUUACAUGUGAAACGUGAUCGAAACCCCUCCGUUUACCAUCAUCACUAAAAUAUAUGCAUGAAGAGAAAGAUUUUUUCAAAAUUUUCUUUUAAAAAUGUGUGUCGUCUUUUGAGAAAAAUCAACAAAAACGCAAAGUCAACACUUUUAAUAAAAGUUUAUAUUUCUUUAGAAAUUGGAAGAGCAAUGUACAGGCAUGAGUUGUUUAAUGAAGUACAAUUGUUGUCAACAGUCUGGUCUCUGUGUCAAGAACUCGAUAUGCAAACGAAUCAACUCCAUCAAACAGCCCUGGAAACGUUUUGCCUGCGAAUGCCCGGAGGGUUACCAUGGAGAUAACUGUGACGAGCCAAUCACAACAUGUGGAGGGUAUUUAGACGGUCCUCGAAAAUCGGGCAUGUACAAAGUAAUGGACUCUGAAAAGUCAAUGCACGAAGUAUACUGUCAUUUUCAAUCUGAUGUAGCUUGGACUUUGGUGCAGUCUUACAGUUUUGCAAAUGGUUCUUCCAACAGUGAAUUUAAGCAAGUCCGAAAAUCAUUGUGUGAAAGUCACCCUCUCAGUGAAAAUGCUGUAACAUGGAGUGGUUAUCGAUUUAGCAAAGCGAGGAUGGAAUCUAUCAAAAAUAAUUCAACAUUCCUGCUGUUUACAUGUGACUAUGAGAAACACCUUGAUAUACAGAAAUCGGACUAUGCCCAAAUUCGACUUCAAAUUAUUACGACCGAUGUUCUUGAAUGUAGCUAUUUUACCGAAUAUGUUGCUAUUUGCAAUGGGUGUGGUAAAGUUGGAAAAUAUGAUUUAAAUGAAUGUAAAAUUAAGCUUCAUCAGAAUUCGUACUGGCCCUUGCAUGUCCAUAUAGACGAAACAAUUUCUGCCUGUAAGUUCAACAGUUUGUCUUGUUCCGGCUACGCGUCCGACUAUUUUGGCAGCUAUCAUAGUUCCCCUGAAUGUGUUAAAAAAUUACAUCGUUGUGCCCAGAAUGCUAAUUCUACGACUCAGCUUUGGUUUGGCAUGCGUAGGGAUAACGCAGCACAACCACCUCCUUGA